AUGAGCACUUCCACCCUCUCCACGUCGUUUUCAGGCAGUUCGCCGGCCCCAGCAGUCAUUGUACCCUCGAAGCCCAAUGCUCUGACCAUCUCCUACCAGCAAUUGACACGAGACAUUCUUGAUUUUCAGGCGAAAUUGGCUGGACUCGGAAUCCGAACCGGCGAUGCAGUGUCAAUAGCAUUGCCCAAUAGCUACGAGUUCAUUGUGUCCUUUCUCGCAACAUCCUGGCAGCGAGCAAUCGCCGCUCCUUUGAAUCCAGCAUAUAAACAAGACGAGUUCGAGUUCUACAUUGAAGACCUGUCUUCGGCAGUGGUUAUACUACCACGGGGCUUGUACGCGAAGGAAGGGCCGGCAGUCCGGGCAGCGAGGAAAUACAAAGCUGCCAUUGCAGAAUGCUAUCUGGAGGGAUCCCAGUUGGUUCUGGAGGUGAAAGAGCAAGGAAGGCUGGCCAAUGCACAGUCCCAACGAGUGGCUCAAGCUCAACCAGAGGAUGUGGCUUUGGUGUUGCAUACGAGCGGUACUACCGGACGACCGAAAGCUGUUCCGCUCACCCACCGCAACCUCACAAGGACCAUGUUGAACAUACAAAACACAUAUGAACUCACCUCGAAAGAUCGCACCAUGCUCGUCAUGCCUCUGUUCCAUGUCCAUGGUCUUUUGGCUGGAUUUCUGGCCCCGUUGAAAGCUGGGGGCUCCGUCGUGGUGCCUCCCUCCUUUUCUGCUCGCUCAUUCUGGGAUGAUUUUAUUACCCAUAAGGCGAACUGGUACACAGCUGUGCCUACCAUCCAUCAGAUCUUGUUGAAGAACCCGCCGCCCAAUCCCAAACCCAAAAUUCGCUUCAUCAGGUCAUGUUCUUCCCCGCUAUCUCCGAAGACGUUCCGGGAACUUGAAGAGGUCUAUGGGGCACCUGUCCUCGAGGCCUACGCCAUGACGGAAGCCGCACACCAGAUGACUUCCAACCCGUUGCCGCACCGAGGCACUCGCAAGCCGGGAAGCGUGGGCAUUGGUCAAGGCGUGGAGGUGAAGAUCUUGGAUGAGCAAGGUGACGAACUCCCUCAGGGCAAGGAAGGGGAGAUCUGUAUUAGAGGGGAGAACGUGACCAAGGGAUAUCUCAAUAAUGAAAAGGCGAACAAAGAAGCCUUCACCAAGGGAGGUUUCUUCCGCACAGGCGAUCAGGGCAAGAAGGAUGGGGAUGGUUAUGUCUAUAUUACUGGGAGAAUCAAGGAGCUCAUCAACCGAGGAGGUGAGAAGAUCAGCCCGAUCGAGCUGGACCAUGUGAUUGCUACACACCCUGGGGUAUCGGAGGCCGUGAGCUUUGCUAUUCCCUCGGAGCUUUACGGACAGGAAGUUGGAGUCGCAAUUGUUCCAAAGCCAGGAAAGAAUGUGACGGAGGAGGCCAUUACCGAAUAUGUUGCCAGCAAAACAGCAAAGUUCAAAAAGCCGAGCAGGGUUUGGAUCUUGAAAGAAAUACCAAAGACAGCAACAGGGAAGAUACAGCGGAGGAAAGUGGCCGAGUCUCUGUUGGCCAAAGAUAAACCUAGACCGAAGCUGUAG